CCUCUGCCUCCCCCCUCUGCCUCCCCCGCCGCCUCUGCCUCCCCCGCCGCCUCUGCCUCCCCCGCCGCCUCUGCCUCCCCCGCCGCCUCUGCCUCCCCCGCCGCCUCUGCCUCCCCCGCCGCCUCUGCCUCCCCCGCCGCCUCUGCCUCCCCCGCCGCCUCUGCCUCCCCCGCCGCCUCUGCCUCCCCCGCCGCCUCUGCCUCCCCCGCCGCCUCUGCCUCCCCCGCCGCCUCUGCCUCCCCCGCCGCCUCUGCCUCCCCCGCCGCCUCUGCCUCCCCCGCCGCCUCUGCCUCCCCCGCCGCCUCUGCCUCCCCCGCCGCCUCUGCCUCCCCCGCCGCCUCUGCCUCCCCCGCCGCCUCUGCCUCCCCCGCCGCCUCUGCCUCCCCCGCCGCCUCUGCCUCCCCCGCCGCCUCUGCCUCCCCCGCCGCCUCUGCCUCCCCCGCCGCCUCUGCCUCCCCCGCCGCCUCUGCCUCCCCCGCCGCCUCUGCCUCCCCCGCCGCCUCUGCCUCCCCCGCCGCCUCUGCCUCCCCCGCCGCCUCUGCCUCCCCCGCCGCCUCUGCCUCCCCCGCCGCCUCUGCCUCCCCCGCCGCCUCUGCCUCCCCCGCCGCCUCUGCCUCCCCCGCCGCCUCUGCCUCCCCCGCCGCCUCUGCCUCCCCCGCCGCCUCUGCCUCCCCCGCCGCCUCUGCCUCCCCCGCCGCCUCUGCCUCCCCCGCCGCCUCUGCCUCCCCCGCCGCCUCUGCCUCCCCCGCCGCCUCUGCCUCCCCCGCCGCCUCUGCCUCCCCCGCCGCCUCUGCCUCCCCCGCCGCCUCUGCCUCCCCCGCCGCCUCUGCCUCCCCCGCCGCCUCUGCCUCCCCCGCCGCCUCUGCCUCCCCCGCCGCCUCUGCCUCCCCCGCCGCCUCUGCCUCCCCCGCCGCCUCUGCCUCCCCCGCCGCCUCUGCCUCCCCCGCCGCCUCUGCCUCCCCCGCCGCCUCUGCCUCCCCCGCCGCCUCUGCCUCCCCCGCCGCCUCUGCCUCCCCCGCCGCCUCUGCCUCCCCCGCCGCCUCUGCCUCCCCCGCCGCCUCUGCCUCCCCCGCCGCCUCUGCCUCCCCCGCCGCCUCUGCCUCCCCCGCCGCCUCUGCCUCCCCCGCCGCCUCUGCCUCCCCCGCCGCCUCUGCCUCCCCCGCCGCCUCUGCCUCCCCCGCCGCCUCUGCCUCCCUCGCCGCCUCUGCCUCCCUCGCCGCCUCUGCCUCCCUCGCCGCCUCUGCCUCCCUCGCCGCCUCUGCCUCCCUCGCCGCCUCUGCCUCCCUCGCCGCCUCUGCCUCCCUCGCCGCCUCUGCCUCCCUCGCCGCCUCUGCCUCCCUCGCCCCCUCUGCCUCCCUCGCCCCCUCUGCCUCCCUCGCCCCCUCUGCCUCCCUCGCCCCCUCUGCCUCCCUCGCCCCCUCUGCCUCCCUCGCCCCCUCUGCCUCCCUCGCCCCCUCUGCCUCCCUCGCCCCCUCUGCCUCCCUCGCCCCCUCUGCCUCCCUCGCCCCCUCUGCCUCCCUCGCCCCCUCCCUCGCCCCCUCUCCCUCCCUCCACCCUCUCCCUCCCUCUCUGGGGAACUGUGCUGCCGGUUUUAGUGCACCGCAUGGUAUGACUGCCCUAAGUGCCCGUGAUGUAGCACGGUGUCCAUCCUUCCUCCGGCAUGCCGGAUCUGGCGGCAUGCUGCGGAACCCGUGCAUCCGCGUUCGUGACCACGGCGAGCCAGAGCCGCCCGCUUUCCACACGGUGUGCGGGGCUGAUGAUAAGUUGCGGAUGGCCGCUCCAGCUAUUAACUGCGUUUUUUGGCCACCGCAAGCUGCAGCUCGCCUCAUGCUGUACGGCAAUUUCGUAAUGGUGCUGCUUGGGCACGCGCUGCCCGCAAUCACAGUAAUUGCGUGA